CGCGCGCCGCCGCCGCGGGCGUCGGGGGCAGUGGUCGUGCCGAGCCCCGACCCUGGAAAGGAGCAAGCCGGGCGGAAACCUGGGUGAAGGGGUCUCGAGAGGGAAAGUGGUGGUCUGGGAGCUGCUAGAGGAGUGAGGGCUGUGGGUGACAGCACAGGCCCUGGCAGGCAUCCUCGCCACUUCCGGGCGGGCCUGCCCCGGCUGCCAGUUGUCUUUUUAAUCACAGACCUGAAUACCUCGUAGCUCAGUUUACCAACCUCCAGCGGCCUGUUGACCGCGGGACGAACGCCGUGGCAUUCGCUGCAGCUUAGCCUCGCCUACCCCGGGGCCUCAUACUCAGUAGGCUCCCAGCGCUGCCAGGGUUCAGUCCAUUUCAAACCUCCGCCCCUUUGGCUUGUGCGCCCUUCCCUGCCUGGAUGCCCGUCCCACCAGACGAGCUCGCACCUUGACUUCAAAUUUAGAGCAAAGUCUUGCCCACUUCGCCCAGGACUAAUCGUCCUUCAGCGUUCUUGUAGCAUCCCCUGCGUGUAUUGAAACCCUCCUUAGGCAGCUUGUGAGCUCCUGUGGAGAGCGGGGGCCUUUUCGUAUACCCCUCCUAAGCCCUGUGCCCAGCGCACCGUCUGGCACGUACCUUCGCCUUAAGCAGUGGGCAGUUGAAACAAAGGCAAGCGUUUUCUCACUUCCGGAUCCAGAAGUGCUAACCAACACCCACCUUCUGGAAGGCAUCAUGGUUGGGACUGGUAGGAAUUUGCACUGUGGUGAGGAAAUAUGACAACAGCAAGCAGAGUAUGUAAAUGCUGUGAAGAAGCAUGAUGUGUUUACAGGGUUCAGAACCACAUGUUGUUGAGGCAGUUAAUAUAGGGGAUGUUGCACGAAUGUGUAGAAUGUUUAUUUUUCUCGGCGGUGGCCUAGACGUCAAAUUGGGGGACGGGCGAGGGGGGAGGUGUUUACUGAUGCACCUUGUGCCGUGUGCUUUAUGUGACAUCACUUCAUCCUCAGGACCAUGGUGAGGCAAACUGCUUUUCUAAACUUGCAAAGCCUCCUACCAUAUGCAAAGUCGUGGGGAAGACCGUGCUGGAUGGACUGGGGCUUCCAACCCUACAAGUGGAAAUAUUCUGUACCAUGCAAAAUUUUCCCAAGAACAUAUGUUCUGUGGUGAUCUCAACUCACUUCGAAGUCCACGAGAACGCUUUACCCGAGCUAGUUGAAGCAGAGGAAUUAGAAAGGUCGGAUAACGUCAGCACUGCGGUGCGGUGGGUCAACGAAGCCAUCACCGAGGAGCUUCGGGGCUUAGAGCCCUCCAGCCAGGCUGAGGUGGAUCAGGUGCUCAGGACAUUCUAUGAAAAUAAAGUACAAGAAGAUAAGGUGAGAAAAGAAUUGGAAAAGAGCCUGGAAGACUCCACAGUGCCUAUACCUUCACCUCUAACACCACCACCGCCUCCUCCGCCUCCAGCCAAAAAAAAGGGACAGAAGCAAGGGAGGAAGGAUACUCUUACAGAAAAACCAGUUAUACCCCCAGAACCCGUUGAACCCGUCCUCUGUGGCAGCAUGGCCAUAGGGGCUGUGUCACUGGCUGUUGCCAAAACCAGUGCCGUGCUGGGUAAUAAUCCGCUAUACUUACAUAUCGCACUGCUGAAGCGCCACCAGGAACAGCCAGCAAAGCUAACUAUACCUCUGCUGAUGGUGUCUCUGGUCAGCUGUGGAAAGUCAUCACCUGGAAAGCUGAAUUUCAUGAAAGAAGUGAUUUGUAUACCCCAUCCUGGAUUAACAGCUAAAAAAGGUGUGGAGAUGCUUCUGGAAAUUCAGAAACACAUUUACAAAACAAUCGAAAUGCCCCCUCCUCCAAAACCAGACAUGAAAAAAGGUCAUAAUGGAGGCAAAAGAGGUCAACAGCAGAUCACUGGCAAGAUGUCCCAUCUUGGCUGUUUAACCAUUAACUGUGACACCAUAGAGCAACCACUGCUGCUAAUACAAGGAAUCUGCGCGAACCUGGGGCUAGAACUGGGAACCAAUCUGCAUCUAGCCAUCAACUGUGCUGCACAUGAGCUGAUGGACUACAGUAAAGGAAAAUAUGAAGUGAUGAUGGGAACCUACAAAAAUGCAGCUGAGAUGGUUGACCUGUAUGUGGAUCUGAUCAACAAGUUCCCUUCAAUUAUUGCCUUAAUUGAUCCUUUCAGGAAGGAGGACUCUGAACAGUGGGACAGCAUCUAUAAUGCUCUUGGUUCCAGGUGUUACAUAAUUGCAGGCACUGCAUCCAAAAGCAUCUCUAAACUUCUAGAGGAUGGAAACAUCAGCAUCCUCAGAUACAGUGGGCUGAUCAUAAAUCACACAAAUCAAACUACGAUGUCUGACUUGGUGGAAAUAACCGAUCUUAUUGAUGGUAAGAAGCACAUCGCUGUCUUUGGAAGCACAGAAGGAGAGUCGUCUGAUGACAGCCUUGUCGAUUUGGCCGUUGGACUUGGGGUCCGGUUUAUCAAGUUGGGAGGUCUUUCUCGUGGCGAACGGGUGACUAAGUACAACCGCCUCUUCACUAUAGAGGAAGAACUUGUCCAGAACGGAACACUGGGUUUCCAUGAAGAACACACAUUUUUCUACUUGAAUGAGGAAGCCGAAAAGGCUGCCGUGGCUGGUGAGCUGCCUGAGCCCCGGGAGCCCAUCUUCCCCACAGAAGUUGGGGCGGAAUCAGCCAAAACAUAAGGGUCUUCUGGACGGGGCUGCACAAACCCCAGGUGACAGCCACCCCACUGCUAUUAUUGCACUGGCAGGUCCCAAGCACUGUCUUCAUUUUGGUUUUGCUCUAAAACUUCACUAGUUUGUGUGCUUUUUCUUCUUUUAAUUUCACUGGUGAAAUACAGAGAUAGUAUUUUGCCUGAAACUCUGUGAACCUUGUCUUCUAGCCGUCACAUUUCUAUGGGGAUCUUGUUUGUACACAAGCUCUCCUGUCCAUUUGGGGGAGUCAUGACCUAGUAAAAGAGUACAGUACUCUUGCUACCAACUCCACACUCAGUUCAAACACCUUGUACUUUUACAAGUCAGAACAUCUCUGAAAAAAAUCUUUCACACUAUGAGCUCUCUCUGCCAGGAAGGAGUACAUCUUCUGUUUCAUGGAUUUUUUUUUAAGAGCCAAACAGCUGCUUCUCACUUUCCUACCCUUAAUUCCCUUUUCUCUGAAUCCCACCUCUUUCUAAAUUUUAGUUGUUCGUCUAUGAUUUAUAUCCUUGGGGGUCUCCUCAGAUCCUUUUUGGAACAAGAAUGAAUAUAAGUGAGUAAACACACCAAUGAAUGAGUAUUCUUAAGGCAAUUAAAUGCCCAAUUAUUUUUACUACAGCAUCUAGUAGGUGAUUAAAAAUGAUGCAACUUACAAACUGACUGAACUGUCUCUUUUGAAAGCCAGUAUUGGGGUUAUAGUGGAGGACGAACAGAAAUAAACAUCUUCAAAUAUAUACCUACAGAUAUGAUAAUAUCCAACUGCUUUAUAUGAUUUAGAUUCUCUGUUCAAACAGUUACCAUUUGUUUUUCCCCCAAAUUAUAUAAAUUGCUAUGUGCUGACCUGUGGGAGAGU